AUGGAGGCGCUGCCGAGACGGGAUAUACGUUCAAAGAAUAUAUUCUUCUCGCCGGCAAGCACCUAUUCUGCCUUUUCUAUGUUGCUCGCUGGAACGGCUGGCGAAACAGAAAAGGAAAUCGAAAAAGCUCUUCAUUUGACCCACCAGGAACCUAAAUCGAAGCUUCACAAAGCAAUUGCAAAAGAUUUGGAUAAUCUCCUUAUCAGCACCCCAGAGACGAAAGUCUACAUGGCGAAUAAGAUAUUUUUGGAUAAGGGCUUUCCUAUCAAAACUACUUAUUCGUCGCUUGUUAGUGGGUGUUACUCAGUAACGCCAGAAGGGCUCAAGUUUUCAGACUCAGAGGCUUCUCGCGCCCAUAUAAAUCAAUGGGUGAAGAACAAGACCGAAGAGAAAAUAGGCGAACUCUUCCCCAAGGAUAGUAUUAACAACCAGACACAGAUGGUUAUUGCUAAUGCUGUCUACUUCAAAGGUGCUUGGGAUUUACCAUUUGAGAAAUCCGACACUAAAGAUGGCAAGUUUACUCUGCCUGGUGGGACGAAGAAGGAUGUGAAGAUGAUGUAUCAGGAGAUCAAGAACGCCGAGUUCAGUGAAUUUGAAGAUAUGGACGCGAAGGCUGUUUGCCUUUCUUUCAAGCAGUCCAGGCUGCGUUUCUUUAUUCUGCUCCCGAAUGAAGAAGAUGGACUGCCGCAGUUGUUUAAAAAGCUAUUCACUGUUGGUCCGAGGCCGGAUGGCUGUGGUGAUAUGCGUUACCUGGAUAUGUUUCUCAUGACCUCUCUGUAUUAUUCAGAGAAAGUCCAGUUACAUCUUCCGCGGUUCAAAAUUGGUGAAGAUGAUCCUUCCAUAAGCCUUGUUGAUCAUAUGGAGAAGUUGGGUGUCAGCAAGAUCUUCAAUCAUGCCGUCGCCGACUUCUCGGGCUUGACUGACAUUGCAAACCUUUGUGUGUCUUCGAUCCUUCAUCGCGCUGUACUAGAGGUGGGCAAUUUCUCUGCCUUUACUUUUCGACCUACAAGUCACUUUCAGCACUAUUAUUGA